ACCGGCGGGAGGGGCUAGCAGAGGGAGGGAAGGUGCUGAGGAGAAAGAGUGUUCCAGGCUGUCAUUGACUGAGCAGCAAAGAGACAGCAGCAAACAGAGCUGAGGCGGAGACAGCUCAGAAAAGGAAAACAAGAUCUCACACGCUGAGGAAUAAAGAAGAGGAAAAAAAAACAGAAAAGAUCCGGAGCCGCUGCCAUUUAUUCCGAGAGUGACGGGAACUGACGGACAGGUGUAACUAGUCUCAAGUCAGUGACUUUUACCCUGCGAGAAAUAAAUACUCGCAUGUAAAUACUGACUGGGGGGAAAACAACAACAGCUUAUUCCUUUCAUGAACGUCUGCAUCGGAGAGAGGGCAGAGAAUAAAGAACUCCAAAGGGUGUCUGAGCGUUUACUACUCAUUCCACUUUUCUCUGCCACAGUUGUUGUUGGACGACAGAUUCUUCCUAACAUCUCCACUAUUGCCUAAUAGGCUGUCUGCCGACCAAGUGACUGGAAGAGACCAUAAAACUGACAAAUUGGACAUUUUCAGGAAAGUUUGUAUUUUAAGCCACCUGUGGUAAAAGAUAAAAUGGCAGAAAACUCUGCAUCUGCACCAGCUGCAAAGCCCAAGAGAUCCAGGGCAGUCAAGAAGUCAAAUGACCACCCAAAGUACUCUGACAUGAUCGUGGCUGCUGUCCAGGCUGAAAAAAGUCGGUCUGGGUCAUCACGCCAGUCCAUCCAAAAGUACAUCAAGAACCACUACAAAGUAGGGGAGAAUGCAGACUCACAGAUCAAACUGUCUAUUAAACGGCUUGUAACCACUGGCACCCUCAAACAAACUAAGGGUGUUGGAGCUUCUGGCUCCUUCAGGUUGGCAAAGGCGGACGAACCUACUAAAAAGGUAGCAAAGAAACCCAAGAAAGAAGCCAGGAAGGUAGCUUCACCUAAAAAAGCUGCAAAGCCUAAGAAAGCUGCCAAAUCCCCAGCCAAAGCCAAGAAGUCCAAAGUGCCAGAAAAGAAGACAAAGAAGGUGUCAAAGAAAAAGGCUGCUCCCUCGCCUAAAAAAGUCAAGAAGCCCAAGACUGUGAAAGCCAAACCUGUAAAAGCAUCCAAGGUGAAGAAGGCCAAGCCAACCAAGCCGAAGGCAAAAGCCAGUCCAAAGAAAUCCGGACGGAAGAAGUAAAUGAAGCUCAUCCAGUCUCUGGACAGCUCCUAAUAACUUGUGUACAUAGUUUUAUAAUCUUUAACUUUCUGUCCUCCAGUGCAACUUUCUAAAGCUGAUCAGCUUCCCUGUAAUUCCUAAGGACAAUUAUGUUUAUUUAUGUACAAAAUAACUUUUUGGGUUUUUUCCUUUUAAAUAAUGACAACGGAGUAAAGAAUAGGCUUUCAAGGCAUUGAUUUUGUUUUACCUGCACUCAUUUUAAUCCUGUAUAGGUAGUUUAGUAAAGUAGUGAAAAGCUUUUGCCUAUAGUGCAAAAAUGACCGUAUGUUUUAGAUGAAAAGAUGGCAAAAGAUAAAGGUUCAUAUUUAUCAACUUCACAUUGUGAAGGCCAAAAUCAUUUUAGUUUCAUGCUUAUUAAUUUUGCUUUUAUAUAUAUUUAUAGUCAUGUGCCCAUGCUAGAUUUGUAAAUUGAAGGAAUUAAAUUGCUGGAAUAAUAAUAGCCAUAUAUUAUGCUUAGGCUGUACAACUAUUCUAGAAUAAAGAGCCACUAAUUUAUCUGAUUUGUUAUGUAAUCAAAUUAAUAUGUAAUUAUCUUAGGCUGAUCUUUGUUACAUAUAUAGUAGCCUGCAUUAUGGAAGAAAAAAAUAUCAAGUAGUGUAUGGCAGAGUUCUGGGAUGGGAUCUGGUCUCUCAUUAGUUAAACAUUUGUCUGUCACGGAUUUCAGUUACAGUAUGUUACUGUGUGAUUGUUACCUCUGCUAGUUUGUUUAUUCUCCAGCUAUUACUAUCUUAGAUGUGUUGGUAACAUGAUGUAUGUGAACUCAUUUAACCUUUCUUGGGAUAGCUAUCCUAAAACACUAAUUUAAAAUGUCCUACUUUAAUGUAUACAUUGUGUGUUAGUGUGGCUCUUAAUUCCUGGUUGCAAACUACAUGUGUUUCAUGCUGCAUUGUACAACCAUGUAAUAAUCAAGAGGUUUUUUUUAUAAAUUGUUUAUUAAACAUACAUCUACAAAAUAAAACAACGUAAACAGAAAUGAAAGUAAACUUAGAAGAUUUGCACUUUUACAUUUUACAUAAGUGGAUUAGAAUACAUUAAUGUAUAAAAAAAAAAAGUCAUUUUCAACAUUGUUUUAGAAUUUACUACAGUAGGUGGGCUAUUGAUCAGUGGCAUUUUUCAGUAAAUGAGCUGUAAUUAUGGGUUUAAUGUGAGGAUUUUUGUCCUUAACUUAAAAAAUGAUUCAUCAUGUGUGUGUUGCUUUGAAGUUUAGCAUUGAACAAAUCUGAUUCUUUGUAUUCUUUAAUUUCAAAAUAAAAAUACAUAAACCAUA